AUGUUUCGCGAAGGAUUGAAGAGCGUAUUCGCCGCUGAGCAGAGCUUUAUUGUUGUCGGCGAGGCCUCGAACGGUCAGGAAACCCUGGAGAUGGCCAGGGAAACCAAUCCCGAUAUCGUCUUGCUGGAUGUCUCGAUGCCGGGAAGAGGGGGGCUUGAAACUGCUCGGGACCUAAAACAGCGAAACCCCGCGGUUCACAUUCUUAUGCUGUCCGCGCAUCCAGAAGACCACUACGCCAUCCGCUGCCUCAAGGGCGGUGCCGACGGUUACAUGACCAAAGAUAAAGCCUCGGACGAGCUCAUCCAGGCGAUUUACCGGAUUCGUACCGGUGGCAAGUACGUCAGCUCAGCGCUGGCCGAGCAUAUGGCCUUCAGCUUGCAGAGCGAUGUCGAGGGGCCGCUUCACGAAUCGCUGUCGGAUCGUGAGUUCCAGGUUCUACGGAUGAUCGCUGGUGGCCGGACGGUUUCUGAGAUUGCCGAAGAGCUCUUCCUCAGUGUCAAGACGGUCAGCACCUAUCGUGCAGGAUCCUGCAGAAGAUGA